UACAUCAUAUUAAAUGUUAUUUAGCAAAAAUGUGUCAACCGACAUUCAAUUUGCAAUAACAAUGAUGUCAACGUUUUAACAACAACCCUUUACUUAUAGUUUUGCAGCUCCUUGUAAGUACUUAUGUACCCAUGGAAUAAUUAUGUCACGAUUUGCCUUUACCCUUUUUUUUGUCGCGAAAACGUUGGAAAUCAAACUUAUACACUUGUUGUCUAUGUAUAUUAUUUAUAAAUUUUGUAUUACAGGGACAUCUUUAAAUAAAAUGCCAGUGUCCUGGGCGCCUAGCAAACUCUACUUUCUGGACACUGAGACCUGCUUAAGUAUGCACCGUGAUGGAAUUCUGGCUGAUAACCAGUGCACCGACAAACUUCCCUUCAUUUGCUACAAGAAAGACCCUGUGACCCUCAGUUGUGGACCUAAAGGCAAUGGUUACGAAAUAGACCGCACUACUGGUAGCUGUUACAAGUUCCAUAAAGAGUCUAAAUACUGGAGAGACGCUUACGUAGCAUGUCACCAGGAGGACGCUCAUCUGGCUAUCAUCAACAGUUAUGGUGAAGCGGCAGUACUGAAGGAUCUAUUCAUAUCAAAUGUCUUAUUUAGAAACCCAUAUGGCAAGAAACUUAGAGACGUAGUUCACAUGGGAUUCGUUAACUGGGGAAGAGAAGAUGGGCUAUGGAUGACAAUUGAUGGUCAAACUUUGAAGGAGGCUGGCUACGAAGAAUGGAACACUGGUGAACCAAACAACAAGACCAAUCAGUGGUGUGGUGGAAUGUUCGACAACGGAAAACUCGACGACGUCAACUGCGGCGAUGGAGAUCCAGACCAGUACUCUCGCUACUUCAUUUGUGAGAAGAAACCGGAAUAUAUUUACACCUUAGCUUCAGAGACAAUUGACAAUGAAAGUGUUAAUUCUAAUUAUUACGAGUAUGAUUUUGAUUACUAAACAGCCAUCUUUAUCAGUUGUAUUUUUGACCUUUUAGAAAAAGAAAUGUAAUGUAUUUACAAAACUAAAGCCCACAGCGCCCUAUCUCGCUAUGUGUUUGAAGUGUUUGUGUGUCCUUUUAGAUGUUCCAUAUUUUUCAUUAUGUCAUAUUUGAAAAGAAAUGCCAACUUGCAU